GGUCAAACUAGCCGUUUUAUUACCGUUUUCUAGCCGUUGGAAUUUCCCCUAUAAAUAAUUAUCAAUUUCAAUCAUUUUCAUUCACAACUCAUCUCUUCUCCUACUCUCUCUACUUACUCUCUCUACUUAAUUCUUUAAUUACGCAAUUAUUCUCUUAAUUAAAUAAUUAGUCUUUUAAUUAUUUCUUAAUUUAGUUAGUUACAUAAUUAAUUAUUUAUUUAUUUCUUAAUUCUAUAUUUCUAUUAUUACUUCAAUAUUAUCAAUCAUGUCUUCAUUUUUGAAAAAAGCCACAAAAAAAGUUACUAAAGUGGCAAAAUCAUUGGGAGGUUCCAGUUCGUCCAAAAGAAAGGCCACUUCUACUCCGUCGGUAUCAACAACACCCUCCAUUAGUAAUUAUAAUUAUGAACAUAAUUAUCCGGAAGGGUACGACCCGGAGUUACAUAAUUAUGCAGAAGAAAUGGAAAGAGAAAUACAAAUUGAUGAAGAAGAAGAACAAGAAGAGGAACCAACGACCCCAAUUGGGAUAAAUAUAUCUCGACAGUCAUCAACAAGAUCACAUGAAGAACAAGGAGAACAACAACAACAAAGACAAGCUCGUGGUAAACGAGUCAAUUUCCAAACCAUCGAUGAAGAUGAACCAGUAAGACAACCUUUUCCGGCAAUGCCACCUCCUAGUGGUAGAGCUGUUUCACAUGUGUGGUCGUAUUUCACAAAAGAACCAACCGAGAAUCCAGAUAUGUUCCUAUGCACUUGUCAAAUUUGUGAAAGUCAAGGAGUAAAGCCCUUAGUUUCAUACAAUUUCGCCAGAGGUGGUGGAACGGGAUCUUUUAACAAACAUUUGGCAAAGAAGCAUGGAAUCACAAAAGAAACUCAUGCAUCAAGCGGCAGCGGGACCACAAGUGGAAGCCGACAGACACAAUGGGACAUUCCCAACACAGGUAUGCCUUUUAGAUAUAAUCGUAAUGACAUGAUUGAUGAAUUUUCUAGGUAUGUAAUUUGCGAUGAAUUGCCUUUUAACCACGGUGAAAGUAGGGCAUAUGAGCGUCUCACUAGACAACAAUUGCAACCACAAUUUAGAGCAACCCUAGGAACACUCUUAAAAGACGAACAAUUAAAUUAUACGAAUCAAUGCGCUAUGACCUAGUUGAAAUGUUUAAAUCGUUUAAUGGUAGGGUUAGCAUAACAACUGACAUAUGGUCUGCUCCCCCACAUUUAGAAUCUUAUAUGUGUGUAACAGCACACUGGAUAGAUCGAAAUUGGAUUAUUCAAAAAAGAAUAAUUGCUUUUGAGACUAUGCCAGAAAGACACACCGGCGAAAACAUAAAAUAUAGAUUAAUAGAGAUAUGUAGGGAAUGGAACUUAUUAGAUAAAAUAUUUUGUUGUUCAACAGAUAAUGCAACCGCAAACAUAAAAUGUAUAGAACUUUUAUUUAACGAACCCGCCUUUAGUUUAAUCCUUGGGGGUAGCUUAUUACACAUACGUUGUUGUGCGCACAUAGUUAACUUAUCUUGUCAAGUAGGUAUAAAACAAUUAAGUGAAUUAUUAGAACCAAUUAGGGAUAUAGUAAAAUGGCUUAGGAUCGGAAAGAUUAAAAGAAGAUAUAAACAAUUAUGUGACCAAUACCAACUUAAAAAAGUGUAUUGGUCAUUAGAUACUCUUACACGUUGGGG